AUGUCCAUCGUUGAGCAACACCUGCGGCGCGCGGAUGAGGCGACGCUGUCGCCGGCGGCCUUGGCGGCGAUAGCAGCGCGCGACAAGAUCAUCGCGCAGUUUAAAGUGCUCCAGAUUUUGUAUACGGUCGGGUAUGGCGCCAUGUUUCUUCUCUCGGUCGCGUGCGUCGUCUACCUUCGUCGGCACCGCGCGACCGCGUACCUCGGCGACUCGGACGCGGCGCGCAAGAUCCUCUUGCCGUCCUUCGAGCCGCUCAUCUGGGUCAUGUGCGCCGUCACCGGCUCGUACACGUUGUACUUUAUCGUCGCGUCGAUCGCCGACUACACCAAGCCGAUUUUCAACUCGAUUUUUACCGAAUUUUUGUACGAAGGCCGGCAGUUUAUCGUGUUUUUGGUCAUUGCGUUCCUCUUUCAACGGUCCGUGUCGCGGCCCGCGCUGAAGCGGUCGAUGGCGAUCUCGUUCUUGCUCUGCCUCAUACCACUUUCGACAACGAUCAUCUUUAGCGUCACGGACGCGCCGGCGCUCACGGCCCACGUCGUCACGUACACGCCGCUGAACAAGUCGCGCCGUGGCAAACCAAACAUGACGUUCACGGGCGAAGAGGUCGUGCGCUGCCUCCGCGAGCACAUGUAUGCGUACGAAGACGAGGAGGCGGUCCGCGUUGGCAACGCACUCAUGGACGCCGGGUGUCUCCACCACGUGACGCACACCAAGGCGUUCGAGAACUCGGUCGCGAGCUACUUUUUCGACGAGGCGCAGAUCGACCUCGUGCAGCCAUUGCCGCGCGACCAGCGCGAGACCAAGACGUCGUCGUCCAACGAUGACAGCGUGCCCGUCAUUUACGUCUCGCAAGCGACGAGCUCCGAGCCGCACGAGGCGUCGUCCGAACGGCUGCUGCACAACGGCCAUUGUGGCUGCAAGAAGCUCGCGCAAGGCUUCGAGGCCAAGCCCAAGGCCCAUAAGCACAAGCUCUUUCGACGCAACAAAAAGGCCCUCGACGCCACCAACCUCCUCACGGUGAAUCUGCUCAACGACAUGGCACCCGACGAGUUUACAGGAUUUGCGACCACCGAAACCAUCCUGUCCGAGCCGAGCCGAAACGCUGGCCCGGUGCUGACCGCCUAA